AUGGUGCCGAUCUCUCAACCGCAUAUCCCCACAAACGGUGUAGUGGGCAUUCCAAUUGCUUCCCCCCCUCCUGUUGGCACGCAGGACCGACUCUUACCCAAGAUACAUAACCCUGCGCCUGAUGGUUCCCCCCUGGCCUCUAAGCGCCCGUCUUCGCGUGUCAACCUUAUGUCCCCGCAUGAAGAUCUGCCGAGCCUCCCAAACGAUCCGCUGGAACUGCCUGAGAGCCCUGCACCGGACCCCAGCACAAGCAAGCAAACGAAUACCACAAGCGUCCGGUCUGCCGACCGCUUGGCCUUGGUCCGGGUGUCCAAGACCCCCAAGCACGUGGCCCCCAGUUCCACUAGUGACAUUGAUCCCAAGCCCACCCAGGGAGUGACCUUGAGAAAGACCAAGACCCCUGAGGGAGGGAGCCGCCCUCAGUGA